GAGGAGAGCGAGUCUGAAAGCAGCCAAUCGGAGUCUGAAGACUCGGAGUCUGAAGCAGAAGUCAAAAAGAAGAAAAAGGCAGCUGAAUCUAAACCUCCUUCUAAGCCUGUCAAGAAAGACAACAAGAAAGAGAAGAAAGAAAUGUCUCUGCUGGACCUUGAUGAUUUCGAACCUGCUCCCUCUCCUCAAGCCACACCGGUCAACACCUUCCUGUCCAACAGCCUUGCGACCGACCUGGAGGGAUUGUCUUUGUCUGACGCUGUUCUCUCUCCGGCAACCAUCUCUCCCUCUAGUGCACUGAAGAGCUACGAGAUGCUGCACCGGAUCACUGGCGAGGGUCUGUCGGUGGAGUACUGCUUCAGCCGGCAGCCGUUCAGCCCCGACGCCAACAUGGUGGCGGUGCAGAUGCAGUUCACCAACAACGCCACCUCCGACACCAAGAACCUGCACAUGGAGGACGUGAAGCUCCAGUCAGGGAUGAGGGUCAAAGAGUUUCCUGAGAUCGAGCUGCUGCCAGCGGGUGAGAUGGUCACAGCUGUAAUGGGCAUCGAUUUCUGUGACUCUACACAAGCGGCGAACUUCCAGCUGUGCACUCACACCAGGAAAUUCCACGUGUCAAUUCAGCCGCCGGUCGGGGAGCUGAUGAGGCCCAUCUUCCUAACAGAGAAUGAGUUUAAAAAGGAGCAAGGUCAGCUGAUGGGUAUGAACGAGAUCACGGAGAAGAUAACCCUGGACGCCAAGUGCCGGAACGAACACUCCAUCGUCCAGAGGGUGAUUACCGCCGCCAACCUCAGCAGAGUCCCCUGUGGCUCAGAUAAAGAGUGCAGGUUCGCUGGCAGGACGGUGACCAGCAGCAGCCUGGUGUUGGUCACCGUGGCGACCAAAGAGGAAGGAGCCGCCAAGGUGACGAUCAACUGUGAGAAAAUGGUGAUCGGCACGAUGCUGGUGAAGGACAUCCUCCUGGCCCUGACGCAGUGACGCGUGACGUUUAGCCCUCUGCCCUCUCGCCCCAACGCACCUCUCUCAUACUGUAUCAUCCAUCACACGUGUAGCAUCUCCUCCGCUCUCCUCUUAGCAGCGGCAGCGAGGACGUUUCCAGAACGUUUAACCCCAGUUUGUUUGUUUUUUCCAAGAGCCCUCUACUGUUAUGAAUUACUCCUAUAUUCACUGAAUGCCACAGCUGUACAUGAUAUUUCCCUCUCUCAGUUUUAAAGUUUCUUACAUGUCAUUCUUUUAAAAUACGUAUUUUGCAAUGGGUUUUACUUCCUUACAGAGCCAACUGGAUUUAUUGUACUCCCAAUUUCUAAGUCAACUCAGAAGAGAAAGUAUUUGUGCAUCUUUUAAACCUUAAAUCGACUUAAAAUGAAAAGUAGCUCCCAUCUAGUUACAUCGGAGUGUGAAAUAAUUGUGCAAAAUUUGCUCACUGGAUAAACACGACAUUAGGUGAGCUUGAAGGUUCAAGCAUGACUAAACACAAGGUCCAAUUACUUAAUGUUUUCGAAGCUCUCAACCACAUCUUGUGGCCUUUCUCUCAACAGAUAGUUAUUCGCUUGUCAUUUACUGAGACUGAAUGAACAUAAGACAAUGUAAACAGAUAAUAAAAAAUGCUAGAAUUCAUAAAACCUUUAGCACAGGAAAAUUAAUAUUACAGUAACAGUGCAGUGCAAGAUAAGAAUGAAUAGUCCGAAAUGUUUUUUAAUAAAAUGUAAUAGCUAACAAAGUUUUAAGCCUUGAAGUAAGACAUUUGGAGAGUUUUGUGGGAGUUUGUUCCAGAUAAUGUGGUGCAAAACAAAAAGGAAUCAAUGCGGUUUAUUUUGACUGUGGGAUCAGUACGAAGACCUGAGACGUCUAGACAGUUUACUAGGUAGCAGCAGAUCAGAGCUGUACUCUGGAAACACUGGGCUUUAAACUGGUCAGAGCAUCAACUGGGAAGAGGUCAAAGUCAUCAAUGACCCGGAGGAAGAGAAAGAAGGCCAUUCACAUCCAAUGCUAACCUCCAAAAUACGACAUCAAGUAAUGAUGUGAUAAUGUUGAAACGAAAAAGAACAAAGUUAUUGAACCUUGUGUCAAAACAAAAGCUCUUUCUCUAAAUCUGUUCUGAGAAAAUACAUAAAAAAAAUUAUCCAGUUUCACCCAUAAAAUUUAGCUUAUUUUCUUUAGAAAUAAGGUGCCCAAAUUCUUAUUCUUUGACAAGUGGAUGCCCAAAUCUCUCACACCAAUUUUAGCUAGUUAGUUAUUAGCUUUCAGAAUAAUUUAAGACGUAAAUAAUAUAAGUAAUAGAUGAUAUGCUGUAGGUUUAAAAUUCCCCCAAAACUACACACCAAAAAACACAGACUGUAAGAUCACCAUAAUCAAUUCUCAUCCAGUUGUUUGAAGUCAUUCAUUUAAUGUAACAUGAAGGCUUGACAGAAACAACAACUACCUAUAACUGAAUCAUUCCAUUUUGGCAACAAUAAACGUUGUUAAUCAAUAACUCAACUGCUCCUGGGAAUAAAUCUUCAUAUCAGAUUCUGUGAUUUUAAGCAUCUGCCUCGCUGUCAUAGUGCACAUGUUCAUAACAAUAAGUGGGGCGUUUAUAAAAACUGAAGCUGUAUAAAUGUUACUGUAUGUAUUGCAACAUGUAAUACAGUACUAAUAUAAGUAAGGUGUGGUGUGUGUGUGAGUGUGAUGACACUGAAUAUUGACCCGCUAAACUAGCUGUUUUCAAAAUGACUCAAUAUGACACUUGACUUGAAAUCAUCAUGAAGCACAUAAUAAUCAACACUGGACGCUGAGGAAGAAAUAAUGGCUUUGAUGACUGCCACAGCACAUGCUACAUAGAUUUCAAAAUCUUAAAUCUUACAUUCAAUUAUAGAUUCAUAAAUUUGCCCGGAAAAAAAACAUGGCAUAACUGUAGAUUUAGAAAAUCUUCUAAAUUACUGACUCAAAUGUACUUAUUAGUCCCCAAAUUAUAGGGCCUCAACUAACAAUUAUUUUCAUUAUUGAA